AUGCCAUUCGGAAUCCUCGACUGCAAAAAACUGGAAAAUGUGCCUGGCACGUCUUUCAUGAGCGAUCAGGAUGACCUACCACCGGAAUAUGCAGAGGUACCGCGAGAGCUGUUGAAGCAUGGCAAGGGCAGGUUUUCAAACAUCAUCUUGAUUCCUCAACCGUCGGACUCUCCAAACGAUCCUCUGAAUUGGCCACAAUGGAAGAAGGAAAUGAUUCUCCUCAUCGUUUCGCUCUCCGCUGCCGUCGUGGGCGCGUUCGGCCCCAUGUUGAGUCCUGGUUUUGUGGAGAUCUCAGCUCAACUUCACAUCACGGUUGAAAUCCUGUCCCAGGCUACCGCGUGGUUAAUCCUCACCAUCGGACUGGGAUUGUUCCUGACCAAUCCUCUGGCCAAAAUAUACGGGAAGAGGCCAAUCUAUAUUCUUGCGAGCUGCGUCAUGUUCGCUUGUUCUGUUUGGGGUGCAAAGGCUGGCAAUUAUAGCAGCUUUCUGGCUUCCAGGGUCAUCAGUGGCGUGGGCAUGGCUCCGUACGAGGUAUUCGAGAUCCAACCCUGGAAUUUGUGGAAUUUGUUUCUCCUAACAGGAAUCUCUGGUGGCGCCUUGGUUGCUGGAUACAUAAUCGAAUAUGACGGGUACCAGUGGACCUUCGGAGUAUGCGCCAUCAUGUUCGGUGUGCUCAUGUUCGCGGUAUUCUUUCUUGUCCCCGAGACCACGUAUCGCCGAGACGCUGUCGUGGUGGUGCCGGUGGCAGAUACCGUCGACACUGACCCCGAGAAGCCGGGUGUGCAACAUGUCCACAUGAAGCUGGGACACGAACAUGACAUCUCUCAAGCUCGUGGAGAGAAGGACAAACAUUUGUCUUACACCGUCACACGUGGUUCGAACGAACCCAAGAUGUCGUUCUCGCGGUCGCUGAGGGUUUUCACUGGUCGAUAUAGCUAUGCCCCGAUCUACAAAAUCUUUACCCGGCCGGUGUUGCUCUUCUUUUAUCCGGCGGUAUUUUGGGGUUUCCUCAUGUAUGGCACCACCUUGACUUGGAUUGUGGUAUUCUCUGUGGUCAAUGGAGUGAUUUUUGUCGCCCCGCCUUACAACUUCUCGGUGUCGCAAGUCGGGUUGAUCAGCUUGUCGCCAUUUAUCUUGACGUUAAUCGGAGAGGUCAUCUCUGGACCCCUUAACGAUGCAAUUUGUCUCUACUUGACGAAGAAGAACAAAGGAAUUUACGAACCUGAAUUCCGACUGGUGCUCAUCAUCGUUGUCAUCAUCCUCGGCACGGUUGGAUUCUUUGGUUUCGGGGCGACUGUGCAUUACCAGACGCAUUGGCUGGGACCAGUCUUGACAUUUGGGUUUGCGAAUAUGAGCCUGGCCUUUGCAUCGACCUGCGUCUUUGGUUACGUGAUCGACUCCUACCCCAAGUUGAAUGAGGAAGCAUUCGUUGCAAUCAACGCCCGGAAUCUCUUGACCUUUGGCCUGACAUACUUUGUCAACAAUUGGCUUGCGCGAGAUGGCCCCUUGGAGGUAUUUUGCAUUCUAGGAGCUCUCUUCUUGUUUGUCUGUCUCUUGACAAUCCCUCUCUGGAUAUAUGGCAAGAGAAUUCGAUCUCGGAUUGGCCGGACCGCCUGGCUUCAACGGUAUAUGAAUGACGACUUCUAA